AGAGCACUGGACUAAGCGCUUGGGAAGGACAAGUUGGCGACGUAGAGAGAGACGGCCCCUAGCGGCUGUCGGCGGCAUGUCGGCGACGGGGCUGCGGCUGGGGCUGCUGCUGGGCCUGCUCAGGGCCGCGCGGACGGGGACGGCGGGGGCGGGGGGGACGUGCCGGGCCCCCGUCCGCUGGGCCUUCCCCACGGCCGCAGCACGCUGCGAAGGAAGCCGUUGUCACCUGUGCACUGACGUGUCUCAAAGCGUCACUUACAAAGAACUUAAAGAUCUGCUCCAUUCCAAAACGAUUGUGUUAAUCGACGUCAGAGAAGUCUGGGAACUUAAAGAUCAUGGAAGGAUUCCAGGAUCCAUAAAUAUACCACUGGCCGAAGUUGCUGAAGCUCUGCAAAUGAACCCAAGCGACUUUAAGGACAAAUACCAUCAAGCAAUGCCAUCGAAAUCGGAUAGCAUAGUGUUUUCCUGCCUAGCAGGAGUGAGGAGCAAGCAGGCCUUGGCUACUGCACUCUCUUUGGGUUUUAAAAGUGCUCAGCAUUACCCGGGAGGUUGGCAGGAAUGGACAAGCUCUGAAUUUCCACCUAAGAAACACUGAACUCCAAGAUUCCCACCUGUGCCUUAUUUAGGUUUCUUUUACAAAUUGCAGAAGCUGAUAGUGCAUUUUAAAUGAUACAGCUAACACUUCACUCUUGGUCAUUCAUUCAGUCAUGUUUACUGAGCGCUUACUGGUCAGUUUCUUUCCUUCUGAGUCUCUGGAGCCCAGAUUCAGAAGAGGGAUAACAGUUGAUUAUCAGAUCUGUCAACGGAACAGGCUGUGUAUUGAAAACUAGAAAUUAAAUGCUAUAUUAGUCAAAAUUGUUUGCAUUCUUCCGAGACUAUUUAAAUAUUCCCCUCUAAAUUUAAUAAAGCAUCACCAUCCUGUCUUCUAACUCUUUCGCGCUCUUCCAAGCAUUUAGGACAGUGUUCUUUAUCGAUUGAAAGUGCCCAGGAUGGGAAGAAAGGGCAUUCAAGAUACGAAAAUGUAAAUCCAAUAAUAUGAAUACAGUUUUCGCUUAACGGUGAAUAUCUUUGCGGUCUUUGUUAAAGCACUUCUAUGUGACAAGCACUGUACUACACUUUGGGAUAGGUAAGAGCUCCAUCUUAGCAGGUGACUUGAAGACAGAUCCACAGAGGGGUUUUUUUUAAAAGACUUAAUAAACAUUUCAAGAAGU